UCUAAAGGAAGCAGUACAAUUUUGUUAUUAAAUGAAUGAUUCUCAGCUGUUCCAUACAGUUUACGGAAUAUUUUACGUUGCACUAUCGAUAGAGAAUUAUUGUGUUGUGUGUCUAAAGAAGUCAGUACAAUUUUGUUAUUAAAUGAAUGAUUCUUAGUUGUUCCAUACAGUUUACGGAAUAUUUUACGUUGCACUAUCGAUAGAGAAUCAUUGUGUUGUGUGUCUAAAGGAGGCAGUACAAUUUUGUUAUUAAAUGAAUGAUUCUUAGUUGUUUCAUACAGUUCACGGAAUAUUUUACGUUGCAUGAUCGAUAAAAAAUUGUGCUGUGUGUCUAAAAGAGGCAGAGUUUUCAAGAAGAAUAUGCUGUGCCUCUUCAACUACUACGCUUUCCUGCUCACCACAACGUUACUACUACUGGAAGUAAGAGCUGUCAGCUACCGAGUGAUUGGCUAUCAGUCGCCAGACAAAGUAUCCAUGGUUCACAACCCGCAAACAGACGCCGACAAAGCAGAACCAAAUAUCAAGGCCGACAACGCUGACCCAAACAUCAAGGCUGACACCACCAUACUGCAAGUUCCCGAACAGAACAUAGGCAACUUGGAUGAGAGACUUUGUCGGCCAGGUUACAAAAUGGACAAAUUCAAACGAUGCAGGGCAGUCUGGUAGGCCUGAUUGCUUGUAUUCACAGGUGAUACUCUGUUAAUUCAAGCGAUAUUCUCAAAGAUCUUGAGGCUGUGCAAAGGCUAAAAAUAAACUUU